UUUUUCUAUGACUUUCCAAAUUCUGUUUCUAUCUGCACGCUUGCGCCACUAUGAUACUUGCGCAAGCGUGCAUCCGAUGUGAUCGUAGCCUGCAAGUUGACCUUGUCAGUGGCUGCUCUGCUUGCAUGCAGUCACGGGCUAGCGGCCUGCGCCGAGCCACCGCAAGUAGUGCACACUUGCUCCUAAACAGCAUUCACGGCGCACGCGUGCAUGUUUUCAGUUGGAUUCUGAGCAUCAAGCAAUUACAAUACAAGUAUUAUUUGUGAUCUGUUUAUCUCUGCUACAAUGGAUAUUUUAGCGUUAAUUGAAGCCGUGAGAGUGAGACCAGCCAUUUGGAAUUCAUCUGUAAAACUGCACAGAAACAGGGACCACGUACUGCAACUCUGGCAUGAAAUCUCAAACGAGCUCAACAUUGAAUGUGGUUUCGCUAAAAAGAAAUGGAGGGGCCUGCGUGAAAAUUACCGAAAGGAGCUACAUAAACAGCGAAGCGCAACUAAUAACUGGAAGUCCUCAUGGGCACCCUUUGACGAUUUAUUUUUCCUUCAAGACCAGUUUAUUUCACAAAAGACUUCGGAAAACGCGGCUUAUGGUUUGUUUGAAAACUCUAUGCAACUCAAAUCAGUAACUUCUGAAAAUGAAUUUGAAUCAAUGGACUACCCUCCAUGUGUGACAAUUAAGUCUGAAAACAAGGAAUUAGAAACACGUGAUGGAUGUGAUUUGGAACCCUCAGUAGCCAGUACUUCAACAGCUAAAACUCCUAUGAAAAACGUUACGAUGAACAGAAUUGAUAAACAGCUAAUCUCGAGUAACAGAAAGUCUCUAAACUUAAAUGAGAUGAACAAAAAACUCUUGACCAUAAUGCGAGAUAUCAAAAUGUUGAAUGAAAAUCAGGUUGAAAUAAUUGACCAACUUAAUUCAUCUUCAUCGAAAAUUGGACAAGGACAAGAACUUCAUGAUGCUGACUACCACUUUUUGAUGAGCCUUCUGCCCUCGAUGAGAGCUUUACCACGAAACAGUAAACUUUUUAUAAGAAGAAAGAUUGAGAAAACAAUUCUUGACGAAUUACGCACUACUAGCAGGCACAUGACGACUCUGCCCAUAUUGGACUCUAGUUCGGAGUCUGCUUCUGCAGCAAGUGUUGAUAGUGUCAGCAUGCAGUCAAAUUAAUGUAGAAGCAAAUACGAAAAUCAAGAGUCCUAACAAAUAAUUUAUCAAAUGUUAUUCAGAAUAUGUUUAGAUUGCUUUGAAGGGUAAAGUUACAUUUAAUAUUCUAUAUUUUUAUAUGCAUAUGUUAAUUUCCAUUUUUUCAGCUUCUACUUGAACCAGAUGAGUUCUUGAAUUGUUUCUAUUUGAUAAUGUUCAUCAGUAAGCAUUGGAAACCAGAGAUGUACUAUUCAAACCCUAGCUAGUUGAAGCUAGUUACUUUGAAGUCCAUCAGUCAGCAAAUCGCCAGUUAAUGACUAAGCAUUGUAAACCAGAACUUUGCGCUAAUUAUAUGAAGAUUAUUUUAUGAUUGAUGAAUUAUCUUCAAUUUGAAUAUCUCUCUUCAAGACUAUUUGAUAGCGGAGACAGACCGUGGAAAAGUGCAGUCUGCAGUGUUUAAAUUAAAUAACAAAAAAUGAAAUAAUAAAUCAAUAAAAUAAUAUUGAUAAGUGUAGAAACUAGCAAAACAAUACAGCGAUUCUGAUAUAAUAUGUAAUGCAGUCUACCGAUGUAAAUGGGAAUGCGCUUGUGAAAUCGUUGCUCAGUGCUGGCCUAUAGCUUUGUCCAUACCAGGACGCUAUAGAACCUGGUAUCACAGUGUAUUACUAUAUUGUUACCAGUGUCCUGGGUUAGACAGUGAUGGCAUUGGCGUCCGUUUGCUGCUCUCCCUCGAUGCCUUUCACUUCAAUUCGACCCAAUCCAGGUGAGCGCGCUUACCGGUGUACUGUAGCAUUACUAUACAUUUUGCUCCUACUCAGCUAAACUCUACCCCUGGUGCUUGCUGCUCUACUCUGCUUUGAACCAGUCAGGGUCUAAUGUAGCCACAUCCUCACCACCCAACUCCUCCCUCAACCCUCACUCACAUGUUCCGUCCUGGACAUUGCUUCCACAUUCACUUAGGUCAGCAGCCAUGGUCUGAGUGACUCUGCAAUUCUGGCGAUUUUAUCCUCGUGGAUUAACUAGAUUGAAUAUAGGUCCGCCGAUAUUUAGCUAUAAUCCUCAUUUAUGUAAUAUUGUCUGUGCUAGAAAUUCGGAGAUGGUCAUCUCAUUGAAUAGUUGACUGAUGAUUGCAAGUUGAACUUUUUUUGGUUUGAACAGAAUAAAUUAUAAGCUUUCAGAUUACUAUUCCACUGAUCUUAUUGUUUUUUAUUUAAUACAAUUUUGUAAGCAAGUUUUUUCAAAGAUUGAAAAAUGAAAUCAAAGCGCAGAAGUUUGCUCUGGCUGUGGCCAAAUUGUUUUUCUAUUUUCUAAUUUUAAAUGUAUUAUUCAUUUUUUAUUUCAUGGAAGUAAUCUCCUCAAUGUAAUUUUGUAUUUUAAAGAAAUAAAGGUUAUUAUUAUUACAAUCUAUAUAAUUAUUGUACCUCACGUCCAUCUGUAAUUGAAACUCCACCUACGGAAGUGAGAAUAAGAAGUUAUGUUAGCUUUAUAUAACUUUGUUAACGUUAAAUAGAUAAGUGACAGACGCUCUAUAACCACAUUGAACCGAUCACAGCCUCUAGAACAAAUACUUUUUCUUCCAGUAACUUUGUGCGACAUUUGUGUUUUGAUUUAUUUUUUGUGAAUGGAUGCAUGUGGAUAAAUCUAAGCGGUAUACUAUUGUAAUAUCACAAAACUGUAGAGAUUUAACUGUAAUGGUGAGU